ACACACACAGAAGAGACUGUUCAGCAAAACAACACAGUUCAGGAAGGCGAAGAACAGAGCACAGCGUUAAAAAGAAAGAGGGGCACCCAGAUUCCCUGGAUCCCUCUUUCCUACAGCUUCUGCAUAAGGUUUUCACUUUCCAACUUCAGCUACAGUGAUAGCUAAGUUUGGAAAGAAAAAAAAAGGAGAUAACGAUUUCCUGUUUGUUUUUAUUUUUUUUAUAAUUUUUUUUGCAAUAUUUUUAGAUUAUUUUACAAUACAAAAUUAGUUUUAAAGAAAUCAUGGCUAAAACUGGUGAUCAGGAAAAUGCAGGAUGUUGUGGUUCCAUUGCAACCUACUUGACAUCUGCAAAAUUUCUCAUGUACCUUGGACACGCUCUGUCCACCUGGUGGCUCAGACUUCACUUAUUGUCCAGAAUGCCUCAGUUAUUGUAUGUGGAAUUAUUUUGAUGGUGGUUUUCCUUUACAAGAUGCAACUUAUGUCAAUGUACCAUGGAUGGAUUUUGACUGUCUGUUACAUAUUAGUCAUAACCAUUGCAAACAUUGCUAAUCUGGCCAGCACAGCCACUGGUAUCACCAUUCAAAGAGACUGGAUUGUUGUGGUCGCCGGAGAUGACAGGAGCAGAUUGGCAGACAUGAAUGCCACAGUAAGACGAAUCGACCAACUGACAAACAUAUUGGCUCCAUUGGCUGUAGGACAAAUAAUGACCUUUGGUUCACCAGUCAUAGGCUGUGGAUUUAUAGCUGGAUGGAACAUGUUAUCAAUGUGUGUAGAAUACUUCCUUUUGUGGAAAGUGUACCAGAAAACACCAGCGCUGGCUAUUAAAUCAGGAAAGAAAGACGAAGAUCAAGAAUUAAAGCAACUUAAUAUCCAAGUUAUAGAUACAAACACAAAUAACAAUGAGAAGCCCACUGAAGAUGUGUUGCUAAUGGGAGAGAAAGUUGUAGCUGUUGUGGAUAAUCAGAAGGAACCAAGCUGUACUGAAAGAAUGACAGAGCCAUUCCGCACCUUCCGUGAUGGAUGGGUUGCAUACUACAAUCAGUCUGUGUUUUGGGCUGGAAUGGGCCUUGCUUUUCUAUACAUGACUGUCCUUGGCUUUGACUGCAUUACAACUGGGUAUGCCUACACACAAGGUCUAAGUGGAUCAGUUCUCAGUAUUCUAAUGGGAGCUUCUGCUGUUUCUGGCAUCAUUGGAACAGUGGCCUUCACCUGGCUUAGAAAGAAAUGUGGUCUUAUUCGUACAGGCUUUAUUUCAGGAGUUGCCCAACUAAGUAGCCUUAUUCUCUGUGCAAUCUCAGUGUUCAUGCCUGGAAGUGCCUUGGAUCUGUCGGUUUCUCCAUUUGCCGACAUCAGCACCCGCUUCUUGGAGGGUGAGCCAUUGCCCACUGUUUCUCCAGUUCCUGAAGUGUACCUUACCACUGAUAUACAGAAUCUGAUAAAUAACGCCACCUCCCAGUUUAGUGAUUCAGAAGCUAGUGUACCACUGAUCUCUGUCAGUCUUUUGUUUGCCGGGGUCAUCGCAGCUAGAGUUGGCCUUUGGUCCUUUGAUCUGACAGUUACACAGCUCAUUCAAGAAAAUGUAAUUGAAUCGGAACGAGGCAUUAUAAAUGGUGUUCAGAACUCUAUGAAUUAUUUGCUGGACCUUCUGCACUUCAUCAUGGUAAUCCUAGGCCCAAAUCCAGAGGCCUUUGGAUUGCUAGUCCUAAUUUCUGUGUCCUUUGUUGCUAUGGGUCAUAUUAUGUACUUUAGAUAUGCUUAUCAAAAUCUAGGACGGCGGGUGUUUGAUUGCUGCUCCCCUGAGCCAAAAACUGUGACAGAUGAGAAUCAACAUGCAGGGUCCUCUGUUGUAUAAAAUUUCUAACUGCAGUAAACAUAUAGUUUUCUGUGUUAAUAAGUGUUAUUCUGGCAUUGUUACAGUGUACAAUAAUUAUUAGAAUGAAAGCAAUUUAAAAAAUCUAUAUAUCUAAACAAAACACUGCCUAUAAGCCUGGAGGUACACAAAUUUGAGUAAAGAUUUGGUUUAAUAUUAAAGGUUUGUACCUCAUUAAUAUUUAGCCACUUCUUAGUGAAAGUCUAAGUCUGGUAUUAUUCCUUGCAUUCAGCUUUCAGGGAUCAGUAUAAUAUUAUGGAUGAAAAGAGUAGUACUAAAAUGUCAGACUUAACUUGCAAAGUUGACUGAGACUUUGCAAGUUAAAAUUUGUAAACAAACAUCAUAAAUGUAAACAACCAAUGUAUUUUACACUGCUAUGCUAUUUGUGGCUUCUUUGUUUUAAUUUUGUCAUGCAUACAGCAUAUGUAGUAGUUACAUUGUUUUGAAACCAUUAAAGCUGCAACGUCCGCAGUUUUCCAUGUUCCAUCUAAGCCAGUUGGUUUAAUUAAAAAACAAAACUGUGUUGUUAUCGCAUUGUGUUUUCAAUUCUUCAAAUUGUUUGCACUGAAGAACAGUUUACACCAUAGUUUCAGUAAAUUUUGGACUGUACUGCCAAUGCAUUGUCAUCCGAACUGAUACUCAUCUUCACCUCAGUGGAAUCUUGCUUAGUGGGAUAUAUGCUUAUAAAUUUCAAAUAGCAAUCCAGGACACAUAUUGUAAAUCCAGUUACACUUCAUUGGUCAGUAACUUCAUAUUGACAAAAAUACUGUUAUGCUGAUAUCUGUUUGUAAAAUGGAUGUAAACGUAACCAUACAAUGAAUUUGCAGCCAUAGGCUGACAUUGGCUGAUUCAGACAAAGUAUGCAGGUCAUUGGCUUAAGUGCGAGGCUAAUACUGUAGCUUGCCUGACUAAUAACUGGUUGGAGAUCAGGUAGACAUCAAUCAGAACCACGUUGGGUGGUUGUUGCUAUUCUUUCCUGAUGGUCUCUGCAAAGGCUCUGUAUUUAUCUGAUUGUUGGCUUAGGGGCUAAAACGGCCUAAUUUAGAUACCAAGGUGGCAACCUCACCAAUGAGCAAACCUUUGUGUGUAGAGCCAACUUAGCUGUGAAAGCUGGUUAUUUUUAAAGAAACAAAGAUGUUCUAAAUGUAUUAUUUUUCUUUUUUUUUGGCCAAACAGCAAAGCUUAAAAAUAGGUUAAAAACCCUUCAGAUCAGAUCAUUCACCCUGGAUUCUGUGCAUACCUAAUUGUAAUUACAUCAACUCAAUUGUGGACUGUGUACUCUGUAAAAUCCUUGCAGUCCUCAGUCCUUGCAGUGUCUGCGCUCUUUUUAUCUUGCGGGGUGCACAGCAAAAAAUAAUUAUUUAGCAGUAACUAUUUCAUGGCCCGCAUACCCUGUAAUAUUAUCUUUAAAUCCUAGGAGUGCUGUCCUUGUUCCAGAGCAUUUUUUUGGUACUAGCACCCAGGUUUUGUUGCUACAAAUGGUGUGCACCCUUUGGACUGUUCGCAAUAAACUUGUGAUAAUUUUACAGGGUGUGCCAGUCGUGAAAUAUUUAUUGAUAUAUAUAUAUAUAUAUACACAGCAGCACUGCACUUUGCUAGAUUCGUUUUGUGCCAUUUAAAUAUUUACAUUAUCUAAUAUUAGUAAGAGAAGCAGAUUAAUAUACUAAGAAGUCUAUAUGUAAGCUACAAUCAUUGUCUUUUAUAACUGCAUUUUAGAACAAUGCAAAAUGGUUUUUAUGUUAUAUGACAUACAUUUGCAUCCAGGAGCAUGCAAAGACAAUUACAAACUCCAUGCAAUACAUUACUAUGCACUUUCUCUGGCUAAUCACAUUAAUGACUGUAUACACACUUUUUUUACUGACAACUUUUCUAAUGUGUUAUUAGACAGUCCUCUAACUUUCUAUAAAGAUUUAAUGUCAUUCAUUUUGUUAUACCAAAUAUUCAUAUUCCUUCUCUUUGUAAUAUUUAAUAAACAUUAAAUGCUGGCAAUUA